AUGCAUCACCACCACAACCUCCAACUUCACAUCGGAGAAGAGGACUCUCACCUCUCUUCUGAGGAUGCCACUUCAAUCCCAAUUCACCAAAACCCGACCCGAAGCCGUUUCUCAAUUCAUCCACUGCCACCAAACUCACCAAACACUCCAUGUCACAAUGAACGCUUAUCCGACCACCCAUCUCAAGCCUCGCCCCGCAAGAGAAUACCCGUCAUCACCCUCCCCUGCCAUCACUUUCCGACACCCUUUGGCGCAAAGUUUCGAACUUCGAACCUUCUCCCUCGCUUCCGUUUCCUCAUCUUCCUCCCCCUCCCCUCCCUCUACUUUCUCUUUUCAAACGCUGAACCUUUCGAUUUCUUUUUCGUGAUUGCUUUCUCAGCAGCGCUGUUGAUUUCCCUCAAUCUGGGACUGUUGCUCUUCACUCGACUGUUCCCCGCCAAAUUAUCAUCAUCAUCAUCAUCGUCAUCUUCUACUUCUUCCUCCUCCCCUUCUACUCACCCUGUGGUGUGGUCUAUUGGGUCCAAUCCUAAGCAAAUGAAGAGCACGAGUUCGGGGUGUUGGGUGCAAGUUCACAGCAAUGGGGAUGUGUACGAGGGUGAAUUCCAGAAGGGGAAGUGUUGGGGGAGUGGGGUUUAUCACUAUCACAUGAGUGGGAGGUAUGAGGGGGAUUGGGUUGAUGGGAAGUAUGAUGGGUAUGGUGUUGAGACAUGGGCAAGGGGCAGCAGGUAUAGAGGGCAGUAUAAGAAGGGUUUGAGGCAUGGAAUGGGGAUCUACAGGUUCUACAAUGGUGAUGUGUAUGGUGGUGAGUGGUCUAAUGGGCAGUGUCAUGGGUUUGGAGACCACACUUGCUAUGAUGGGAGCCGCUAUGUUGGGGAGUUCAAAUGGGGUGUCAAACAUGGACACGGACAGUACCAUUUCAGAAAUGGGGACAUAUACGCUGGGGAAUAUUUUGCAGACAAGAUGCAUGGUUUUGGAGUGUAUCAAUUUCAGAAUGGUCAUCAGUAUGAGGGGGCAUGGCAUGAAGGAAGAAGACAAGGACUUGGAAUGUACACUUUUAGAAAUGGGGAAACACAAUGUGGUCAUUGGCAGAAUGGAAUUCUUGAUGAUCCUAAAAGACAUAACAGUCCUAAUGGGUCUCCAUGUGAUGUGGACCAUGCCAAGGUUUCCAAUGCAGUACAGGAUGCACAUUCUGCUGCUGAGAAAACUUACAACAUGUCAAAGGUGGAUGAAGGAAUGAAUAAAGUAGUGGCAGCAACUAAUAAAUCAGCCAAUGCAGCCAGAGUUGCAGCUGUAAAAGCUGUGCAAAAUAGGAUGCACCAUAACAAUAAUGAUAAAUGAUAAUAGCCAUUUCUUCAAUCUUGUGAUGAUAGAAAGCUUCAAUCAAUGUCAAUGUGUCAUCCUCCAUUAUAGGUUUGCAUACAGAACAUUAUUAGAUAUGAAAAAGCAAAGGAAGCAGAAGAAUUCAAGGAGGGAGAAUCAUAAACACGUGCAAAUAAUGAGAUCU